AUACAAACAGACGUUAAGUUUAUAGGGUGGUCCUGUAGUCAGUGCACUUCACGUGUGUUUAUCAAAAAUUCGUCUAUUUUGUGAGAAAUUCUGAAUAAAUAAAUCACAAUAAAGUAAUUUCAAGUGAGGAAUUAUGGCAGAACUUGUGGAAUAUAGGAAGGAAAAAAUCCUUCCUGAAUAUGAGCAAAUGAAAAGGAUUGAAUUGUUUGACGACGAGGAAAUAAGGGAAAUCAUAAGAAAGAGAAAUUCUCUAAAUGGAAAAAUUGCUCGGCAAAAUAAAGCUCUACGUGAUUACCUGGAAUUCAUCAAGUACGAGCGUGAUCUUAUUAGUUUGAUCCAGAAGCGCCGGAAGACGAGAAACAUCCAGGAAAAGAAGCGCAAUGUUGAGUAUGCAAUAGCUGUACGAAUCAAACAACUGUACAAUCAGGCUGCUGAACGAUUUCCGCAGAAUGUGAGAAUCUGGGAAGAAUUCCUCAAAUUUGCCAAAAUGUUCAAAUUCGUGAAGGAUAUCUCAAAUAUCCUGGACAGAAUGAUUCAAUUGCAUGGAGACAAGCCGGAUAUGUGGCUCCGGGCAGUUAUCUGGGAAUAUGAGCAGACACAGGAUAUGGAGAGGGUGAAGCAUUUCAUGUUGGGUGGGUUGCAGAGGCAUCCGGAUAACACCAAACUCUACUACAAAUUCCUGAAGAUUAAACUGCUCGAAGCGGAUAAGAUUCAGGAGCAGACAGAAGCUAGAUUACAGGAGAGGAAUCACCUUCUCGAACAGGCCAAGAUAAUUUACCUAAAUUCACGAAAAAAGAUCCACAGCAUUGAGUAUUUGGUGAAUAUUCUGGAGAUUCUUCAGGAAUUUACUUUUGCGGAAGAUUUGCGAAAUCUUGUCCUGAAGGACAUGCAAAAUGAUCAUCCUCUGGAAGAACUCAUGUGGCAUACUCUGGCACAUCGUGAACUAAUGGGACUCCACAUGGCCAAUGACCAGCAGACGAAUGAGAGUGAGACGGAAAGUCAGGAUAUUUCUGGUGAUGAUGCAACAGCGAAAAAUCAGACAACUCCGAAAAGGCGCAUUGAGAGCUGCGUGGCAGUUUACGAGCAGGCCACAAAGAUCCUCAAGACGGAAAAGAUGUGGUCUUACUACAUAAACACGAUGCUGGAACUGAAUCAAGAUACCUCAGCUCAGGCGACGCUCAAAAAAAAAGUCCUCCAUGUAGCCAUGAGAGGAGCCUACGAGGCGGGAUUCCUCUCAGAAGCCCACUACAUCUACUUCAUUGAGCAACUCUUCAAGGCUCGCGACUGCCGAAUGGAGUACAUGCUGGAAGUGUUUGACAAGGCGACAAAAACUCAUGUGACUUCCGUGCGUCUUUGGGAAAUGUGGAUGCGAUUUCACAUUCAGCAGGAAUCGGAACAGAGUCUCUAUGAAGUUUUUCGCCAGGGAGUCCGCAAAUUGUCUGAGGAAUCCUAUCCACUGUGGCAAUUGAUUAUUCAGUACUACCAGGUGCGUCCGGAUUUGCCCAAUCGCGUCGAAGAGAUCUUCAAUGAAGCCAUUCUGCAGCCGCCAAGCAUAAGUUCACGGCUGAAGGCACAGUACAUUGAAUACACGGCAAUCACGAAGGACAUCAAUGCUGCGAGGCAAAAGUACGACGAUCUCAUGCUCAAUACAACGCCCUGCCUGGAAAUUCACGAGAAGAUGGCUUUUCUGGAGUCUACUCAGUGUGAACCCAAUGUCGAACGAUGGAGAAAAUGUCACGAGAAUGCUGUUCAAUUCUUCGGUGAGGACAACAUUAAUGUCUGGAUAGAGUACAUCAAGUUCGAGAAGAGUCAGGACACGCCAAAGAACAUCUCUCACAUUUACGAGCGUGCUACUAAAACUCUGCGAGUGGAUCUCGUUGAUACGUUUGAGGUCAAACACAAUCUUCUGAAUUUUGCUUGAAAACUUUUUUAUUUGAAAAAAAAAAAAGAAUGAAAUUGUUUUUAUAAAAUAAAUGGCUAAGACCUCUGAAGUUCA